AUGCCAGAUUCUGAAAGUAAUUUGCGGUCUUCACAUGAAGAUGUUGUAAAUGGUACUUCCGUCUUGAAUGAAAUGAAAAUUUCUGAUGAAAAGGGAUCUGCUGGAAAAAAAACAGUGACUCAGAUUGAGAAGAAUGGCUAUCCCGACUCCAUAUACAUAAAUGCAGCUAAGAUUUUUCAAGGCAUUCGUACUGAAAAGAGUAAGGAUAGACUCCUGGUGCGGUAUGGCGAGAACUCAGAAUCUCCCAUGAUGGAUUUUAAAGAUGAACAUUCCAAGCGUGUAUCUUAUGAACUGGCUUUCAAUGCUCUAAAAUAUCAAGAUCUUCUUGAAGAAAUGUUGUUAAAUAGUAAAACUUACCCAUGCUACUCAAUACCAGAUGAGUUAACCAGCUUGCUCGUUGUGAUGCUUUAUGACCUACAAGACCGAAAGUUUAAAAAAAGAAAGAUUUUUGCUGAGGAGGAACUUGUAGAAGAGGUUCAGGAAAUAGGGGAUUAUUUAUACAGUUAUAGGACCAAACUUGCAGCUGCACUAGCACGAUGUCGCAUCAAAUAUGAUGCUCUUUCAAUUGAAUACUUUGUACCAGAAACCAUAUCAAAGCAGGAAAAAAGGGCUUCUGCUUUACCUGUCUGUUUUUGGAUAAACACAUUGAAAAUCAGCCUUGAAGAUGUUAUCAGAGAUUUGGAGAUGAAGGGACUCAAAAAGGUUGAAUCUGUGUCAGACUUUGACCAUUAUACGUAUGCUGUGGACCAACACUGCCAUGAUGUAUUGGUUUUUCCUUCCUCCCUUAGAGAAGAACUGCUUAAUUUAGAUCUUUUUGAAGAUUGCAAACUCUUACUGCAGGAUAAGUCUCGGAGCCUUGCUGUACAUGCUGCACAGGCGCUGUUGAGUGAAAGUGGUGAUGUUAUAGUGGCUCAUGUAGGUUCCCAUCUGACCGUUGCCCAUAUGUCAGUGCUGACAAACCACAGCACGUCCAAAAUUUUUGUUUGUGGUGUGAAAUCUUCAGCAAAAGAAGAAGAACUGAAGAACAGUUUCAGUCAUAUGGGAUGUGAAAAUAUUUGGUUGUUACAGGAAGACUUUACUGAACUUAAACCAACAGACCCCAGACUUGAAAAGGCAAAAGUUAUUUUGCUGCUACCACAAUGCUCUGAACUGGGUGCUGGCAAUCCAAUGGAGCUUAUUUUAAGUGAACAUAGAGAUUCAGGAUUGCUUCAAGACCUUUUCCAGGGAUUUGUGUCUGAGGAUAAACUCAGAAUUCUUGCUGAGACGCAGCUUAAUGAGUUGGUUCAUGCACUGAAAUUUAACAAAGUACAAGCUAUUGUUUACUGCACUUGUUCAAUUUACCCAGAAGAAAAUGAACUUGUAGUGAGAAAAGCACUGGAAUCUGGAGUGGAGGUAGAUAAAGUACGACACAGGCUUAUUCCUUCUGUUUUUUCUACAUGUUCCAAUUCAGAGUCUUCCACUGAAAUGUUUUUCAAACUGGAACCAUCAGAAAUUUCCAGUGGUUGUUUCCUAGCUGUUAUAGAGAGAGAGAAAGAUAUUUCCAAAAAAGUGCCUGCUAAAGACCUUUUGGCUUCUGCUACAGCAAAAGAACUACUAGAUGGCAUUAUUGAAGAAAAACCAAAAGAAGAGGUGAAAAAGCAGAAAGUAAAACGUAAACAUAAGGCUGCUGCUAGUGAUAAUAAGCCAAAAGCUGCAAAACUCCUUCACCACCAAACUGGAGCUAAUGUUAAGGCUGAAGUUCCUGUGUCUAAAGCAGCCAGUAAGAUAAAAGAAAAGCAUGAGUGCCCGAAAAAAGCAGCCAGUGACAUACAAGAAAAGCAUAUGCACCAAAAUAAAGCAGCCAGUAACACAUCACAAAAGACUGUGCACCAGAAAAAAGCAGCCAGUAACACAGCACAAAAGAAAGUGCACAAAAAAAAAGCAGCCACUAACACACCACAGAAGAAUGUGCAGCGAACAAAAGCAGCCAGUAACACACCACAAAAGAAAGUGCACCAGAAAAAAGUAGUCAGUAACAUACAAGAAAAGAAUGCGCGCCAAACAAAAGCAGCCAGUAAUGUAUCCACAUCUAAAGCAGCCAGUAACACACCGCAAAAGAAGGUGCCCUGAGCAGACAGCUGUGUUGGGCUGAAGAAAUCUGUGAACUCUGAUUCACUCACAGCCCCACUGGAAGUGCUGAAGCCCACAUCUGUCACCUCUGCGCAAGGCGCAUGAGACAGACACCUGCUCAAAAGGCACAUGCAGAACAGAACAGGGUUGUACUGAAGG